AUGGGAUGUCUGGGAAUGAUGGCAAUGAUGCCCUCACCUCUGGUCAUUAAAGCAAGUGAAGCCCAUCACGAACUCUUGACUUCUGCAGCCUCGGACGAUCAGUGGAGCCAUUCGCUCUUUGCUUUGAUACCCUCAUGGACAAAGAAGAUUUUGUUCAAACGAGAGUCUUCUGUUAACCACCAACUGCCUGAAGAUGUGUCCAAUAUGUCAAUGUCUUCUGGAUUUGGAAUAACCCUUCAGAAAUGUGGUGUGGUGGAUGUUGAACAUGACCCUCAAACUGCCUACGUUACACUACUGAUUAAUAACACCAACAUGCUGAUCUCAACAAACAUUACAGAUCUUACCCUCCUGGACAAUAUCACUGGUCUUCACGUUCAAAAAAACAGUGGUAAUGGGACCACAGAUGGUAUACAGAUUUACAGGAAACGAUUCUUGCAAGGUGGAGAGUACUUUGCAAUCAACUACUCUGCACUUCUUGAUACAAAAGAAACGUGGGAUGGCAGGGUCUUGACACUGCCUGCAAAGCUAACUUUCAGGAGUUCAUCACAGAAUAAAACACAUCUUGUGUCAUUGACAGCAUCGUUCACCAUAACUGCAGAAGAAAAGACCAAGAUUUCUUACAGCCAUGCCAUCCAUGCUUCAGGGUUCUUCAUUGCUUUUUUUGUUUCCCUUGUAUUGACAUGUGUUGUGUUUUUCAUUGUUUACCGAUCCCAAAUAUUAAAAUGGAGUUUCUGUAGUAAAAACCAGGAGAUACAGCAUGAGCUCAGCCAAAAUCACAAACUGGAGCCUUCUCAUUUUAAUUCAGGUGAUCUCUUCAGUGAAGAUAUAAUUAUGAACGAUCAAAUCAUUGAUAUUCUGUCCUUUGAAGAAUCUGGGAAUAUGCUUCAGGCUUUAGAAGACUUGGAGGUUGGCAGCCUGACACGGGCAGAUGCUGAUCUGGAGGCAUAUCGAACACAGAUAUGUAAAGAAGUGAUUGCUAUGAUGAUGAAGAACAUGGUCUUAAGUCACAGCAUCUUUCCUCAUGUGGAGAAGAGGAUGAGUUCAAUUUUCAAAAAGCAGUUUCUUGCAAUGGAGAAAGAGAUUCAAGAGGAAUAUGAAAGGAAGAUGGUGGCUUUAACAGCUGAAUGUAAUCUGGAAGCUAGGAAGAAAAUGGAGGCUCAAUGCCAAAAAGCAAGAGCCACAAAUGAAGAGACUGAGGAAUUAAUGAAGAAAAUGAAUGAAAAGCCUGCUGUAGAAUACAGAAGUCUUCUGGAUAAACUUCACAGACUGGAGCAGGACCGCUUGAAGAGGUUUCUUCUUGUAAAGCAGGAGGAAUAUUUUGCAAAGGCUUAUAGACAGCUAGCUGUUUCCCAGAGAAAGGAGCUCCAUAAUAUCUUUUUUACCCAAAUAACAAAUGCUACUAUCAAAGGAGAACUGAAGUUGGAAGCAGCUAAAACCUUAGUGGAAGAUUACUCUAAAAUACAGGGACACAUUGAAGAGCUAAUGGAUUUUUUGCAAGCUAGCAAGAAAUAUCAUCUGAAUAGAAGAUUUGCUUACAGAAAAUAUCUUAUAAGUAAGAUACACUUAAGGGAUUCUCAAGCCUCUGCUCUUAUAAAUGCAGCAGCAACCCAGAUACCAAGUCUUAUGAAUAAGAUGGAAAGGUAA